AUGGAAGCGAUUUUGGAUUUCUCCAAGGACUUGGAUAUCUCCUUAUUUGAUCAAGUUGUUGAUACUUUUUACAAGGGCUCAGGAGAAAACCAACAGAAGGCUCAGUUGGUCUUGAACCAAUUUCAAGAGCAUCCCGAUAGUUGGACUUUACUGGACAAAAUCUUGAGUAAUUCCAACAAUUCCCAAUCCAAAUAUAUCGCGUUGUCAUGUUUGAACAAAUUGAUUCAGUAUCGUUGGAAAACCGUGGCCGAAGCCGAACGAGUUGGUAUUCGUAACUUCAUUGUCAAUAUGAUUAUCAGCCUUUGUGAAAAUGAAACUAUUUUUGAAACUCAAAGGGCUUUGAUCAACAAGAUUGAUUUAACUUUGGUUUCCGUUUUGAAACAAGAGUGGCCUCACAAUUGGCCCAAGUUCAUCCCGGAGAUUGUCUUGAGCUCAAGAUCUUCUUUUAAUGUCUGUGAAAACAAUAUGAUUAUCCUUAAAUUAUUGAGUGAAGAAGUUUUUGAUUAUUCUCAAGACCAGUUAACCCAAGCCAAGGCUCAACAAUUGAAGACAAGUAUGAAAAAUGAAUUUGAAGAAAUCUUCAAGUUGUGUUAUGAAGUUUUGGAUAAGACUACUAAGCCUUCCUUAAUUAUUGCUACUUUAAACGCUUUGUUGAAAUAUAUUCAAUGGAUCCCAACUAACUACAUUUAUCAAACAAAUUUGUUGGAUUUGUUAACCAACAAGUUCUUGGCUCCUGCAGACACAAGAGCAAUUGCUUUGAAGUGUUUAACUGAAAUUUCUUCAUUGGAAUUAGUGGAUGGUAACGAAGAAAAGACAUUGAUUUAUUUCAAGAAUACCAUGGAACAAAUAUAUUCAAUUAUUCCCGUUUCUACCAAUUUGAAAGAAACUUACAAAGUUGCCAAUUCUUCUGAUCAAUCGUUCUUGCAAGACUUGGCCAUGUUUUUAUGUACUUUCUUGUCCAACAAUUUAAUCUUGUUGGAAAAAUUACCAGAUACUCAAGAGUUAUUACAAAAUGCCUUGUACUAUUUAUUAGAAUUAUCUCGAAUUGAAGAACGAGAAUUGUUCAAAACUUGUUUGGAUUUCUGGAGUGGAUUCGUUAGUGAAUUGUUUAAGGAAAUUAGAAAAUUACCAUCCAACGAGUUAUCACCUAUGAUGCAAUUGACUUAUGGUAAUUCAUUAAGACCAACUUCUUCCGGUGGUGCACCCGACCCAGCUGUUUUAGCCAAGUUUCCUUUAAGACAACAUAAAUAUGCUGAAGUCUUGUCUAAGUUAAGAUUGGUAAUUAUUGAAAACAUGGCUAGACCAGAAGAGGUGCUCAUUGUUGAAAAUGACGAAGGGGAAAUUGUUCGUGAGUUUGUUAAAGAAAGUGAUACAAUUCAAUUGUACAAGUCCAUGAGAGAAGUUUUAGUUUUCUUGACCCAUUUGAAUGUGGUUGAUACUGAAACCAUCAUGAUUGAGAAAUUAGCCCGACAAAUAGAUGAAAGUGAAUGGUCAUGGCAAAACAUCAACACUUUGUGUUGGGCCAUUGGUUCCAUAUCUGGUGCCAUGAAUGAAGAUAUGGAGAAAAGAUUCCUUGUUUCCAUCAUUAAGGAUUUGUUAUCUUUGACGGAAAUGAAGCGAGGAAAAGAUAACAAGGCCGUGGUUGCUUCUAAUAUCAUGUAUAUCGUUGGUCAAUAUCCCAGAUUCUUGAAGGCUCAUUGGAAAUUCUUAAAGACUGUUGUCAAUAAAUUGUUUGAAUUCAUGCAUGAAACUCACGAGGGAGUUCAAGAUAUGGCAUGUGAUACCUUCAUUAAGAUCACCCUUAAAUGUAAGAAGCAUUUUGUUGUUACUCAAUCUGGUGAACGAGAACCAUUCAUCAAUGAAAUCAUUAGAAAUAUUCAAUCGAUUACUGAAGAUUUACAACCACAACAAGUCCACACUUUUUACGAAGCCUGUGGUAUUAUUGUCAGUGCCCAAAGUCAAAAAGAUGCUAGAGACAAAUUAUUGGGCGAAUUAAUGGCGUUACCUAACAUGGCCUGGCAAGCUAUUAUCCAACAGGCUGGUCAAGAUCCUCAAUUGUUGACUAAUACCGAUACUGUCAAGAUCAUUGCUAAUAUCAUCAAGACCAAUGUUUCCGUAUGUAAGGCAUUGGGACCUGGCUUCUACUCACAAUUGGGAACUUUGUAUGUUGAUAUGUUGUCUUUGUACAAGGCUGUGUCUUCUAUGAUCUCAGAUGCUGUUGCCAAAGAUGGUAUCAUUGCCACCAAGACUCCUAAAGUUAGAGGUUUAAGAACUAUCAAGAAGGAAAUUUUGAAAAUGAUUGAAACUUACAUUAACCAAGCAGACAAUUUGGAAGAAAUUGUUCGUGAUUUGGCCCAACCAUUAUUUGCUGCCGUUUUGGAAGAUUACAGUUCCAAUGUCCCAGAUGCUAGAGACGCUGAAGUAUUACGAACUUUGACUGCAUUGGUUUCUAAAGUCGGAAGAUUGAUUCCUGACGGGGUUGUAUUAAUUUUACAAAAUGUGUUUGAAUGCACCUUGGAUAUGAUCAAGAAUGAUUUUGUUGAAUAUCCUGAACAUCGUGUUGAAUUUUAUAAAUUAUUGAAGGAAAUCAACUCCAAGUCUUUCCAGGGAUUAUUGCAAUUAUCGGGAGAUGCAUUCCAAUCAUUAAUCAACGCGGCAUUGUGGGCAUUGAAGCACAAUAACCGAGAAGUUGAAGAUAAUGGAUUAUCACUUACAUUAGACUUGGUUGAAAAUGUAGAACAAUUGGGCGAUACUCCAUUUACCAAGGCAUUUUACGAAAAUUUCUAUUUCCAAAUCUUGUCAGAUACAUUUUAUGUCUUUACUCAACCCGAUCACAAGGCUGGGUUCAGAUACCAAUCGCAAUUAUUGGCUCAAUUAAUCCAUUUGGUCCAAGACAAUGUGAUUAAAGUACCAUUAUACACUCCUGACCAAGCCCCAGAAGGAACUUCCAAUUCAGAAUUCUUGAAGCAAUAUUUAUCCCAAUUGUUGUCAUCAGCAUUUGAUAAUUUACAAAAGGAGCAGUUGGUCAAUUUCCUUAAUGUUUUAACGUCGGUUUACAACGAUUUGCCAAGAUUCAAAGGUAUAUUACGUGAUUUCUUGGUUCAAUUGAAGGAGUUUGGAGGUGAUCCAACUGAUUACUUGUUUGCUGAAGAUAAAGAACUUGAAGAGAAAGAAAAGGUUAAGUUGCAACGACAACAAGAUAUGUUGGUUGGUGGAUUAAUUAGACCUUCUGAAAUGGUGGAUGACGAUUAG